AUGUCAAUUUAUGGACUCGCUUCGCAACCCGCCUUUUCAAUUUUAACGGGGGAGCUUCAUCUCGAAUUCCACACUGCUGAUAAUUAUUUGCAUGAGGACGUUCGUUUUGUGUUGCCACAGCUUUUGUUUACCAAUUCAUCCUUCACAGAAUUGCGUUUUUCUUUGUGCACUGUGAUGCCUAAAGGGGUUGUUUGCUGGAAAUUGCUAAAGAAAUUGUCGAUUGGCUAUGUUAAGUUAAAUGAUGGUGUGAUGGGGAAGAUAUUAGCGGGUAGUCCUGUAUUGGAGAAUUUGGAAUUGUAUUACUUUUAUGGCAUCACUCGUUUGCAUGUUGUUAAUGCGCGUCUGAAAAAAUUGAUCCUGAGAGAAUUUUGGGAAGAAGAAGUUUACAUGGAUGAAGAAGAAGAUGAACCUUACUCUGUGUUGGAAAUUUUGGCCCCUAAUCUUCCAUCAUUGGAGAUUUUGGGUUGUUUUGGGAGGACGAAUUGUUGGCUGGCAGACGUAUCAUCUUUGGUUGAUGCUACCCUCAAUUGUGACUUCACAAUUGAUGAUGAAGAUUUGGAUGAUGAUUUUGAAUGGCACCAAAAUAUUUCAAGACGACUUCUUCAGAGCCUUGUUCAUGUGAAGAAUCUCACGUUAGGAACUUGGCUUUUACAGGCACUAUCAAUAUUGGAAAUGGAAGGUUGGCGUUCUCCAUUGUCAAAGUGUGAAUGUUUAACACUAGAUACGGAUAUCAAGGAAUCAGUUCUCCCUGGAAUAGCAAACAUCUUGGAAAGUUCUUCUCAUCUAGAGACAUUAGUCAUAACCAAAUCCCCUUCCAAAAAUAAUAUUACGUAUUUUUCUGACGUUCGCCCCCGCCUUUUCAAUUUUAACGGGGAGCAUUACUGGACUUCACAAAAGAAGACUUUUAACUGUUUGAUGAUGCAUCUGAAAAUAGUUAAGUGUGCUGGCUUAAGAUGGUGUUACCGUGGUUGCCUCUUCUCGUUUGUGCAAUUUCUGCUGAAGAAUGCAAGGGUGCUACAACAGAUGGUUAUCAAGGUAGAUUGUCUACCGCAUAAGGAACUUUUCCAAGUAGCACAAAAGUUUUUAAGUUUUCCAAGAUCCUCUCCCAAUGCAGUAAUUAUGUUCAAUUAAUGAAAUGGACAACUCAAGCAAAAACAGAGUGCUUUUUUGUUUAUUUGUUUGUUUGUUUAUGUUAAAAGGCUGAAUCUUAGCAACUCUGUUAUGUGGGAGCUGUUGGAUAUAAUUGUCUAGGGGGGUCGCACUUUAUAAACUGUACUAUGCAUGAAGAUUAUCUAGUUUCACUAGGUUUUUCAACACACAGCUUGUUCUGUU